CACUGACGUGCCGUGCUGUCGUGGAAAUGUCAUGUUUUGUGAUUUCAACAUAGUGAGAUCCUGGUUGAUUUACAAAUUAGAUAUAGUUUUUCGGUUAAAUCCGCAUAAAAUAACAAUUUGUAGGAUUGUAAGGACUUGGAAAUAGAAUGCGAUGCUUCCUCGGCGUCGUAAUGUAGGAGGUGUGUCAGUGACUACCUCCGAUGAGACACCACUACUGGAGAAUGAAUUAAAUUCUUACAGUAAAUUUGAUAAGAAGGGAUCUAAAUAUCUACAAACAGAGAAACCGGGAUCCUUUCCGUUCAUUGCUUCCAAACAAGGAAGUGGAUUUGAAGAAGCGGACUUUGUUUUCGACUUUCUCGAAGAACCUAUAUUUGAACCAGUCAUGGCUGCAAGAGACAGGACCAACGAGUUCGCCUCUACCGUGCGGAGUCUCCAAGGCCGAACUCUAGCCAGGCCCGUUGUUCGUGAUGAACGCAAAGCUGCAGUACUAGAGACCUAUUCACAAUUCAUGGCAAUGGCAAAAGUUAUUAGUAAAAACAUUACAGGAACAUAUGCUAAACUGGAAAAAUUAGCUUUGUUGGCCAAGAAGAAGUCCUUGUUUGAUGAUCGUGCUACAGAAAUUCAGGAGUUGACAUAUAUGAUCAAGGGAGACUUGAGUGCACUGAAUCAGCAGAUAGCCCGGCUUGGUGAAAUGCCCCGUGGCCGCCGCAGUAUGCACAACCAUUCCUCCAGUGUGGUACUAGCUCUACAAUCACGGCUAGCUUCCAUGAGCAACCAGUUUAAACAGGUUCUUGAAGUGAGGUCAGAAAAUUUAAAACACCAAAACAAUAGAAGAGAACAGUUCUCAAGGGUGGGCCCUGUUGUCAAAGAAGUCCCAUCUUUUCUUCAGCAACAGGAUGAGGUCAGCAUAGACCUAGGAGACACUUCAGGUCUCCAAAUGCAGGCCCAGCAGUUAGCAAUAAGAGAUGACACUGAUACGUAUGUGCAGCAAAGAGCAGAGACUAUGCAUAACAUUGAAAGCACUAUCGUGGAACUGGGGGGCAUAUUCCAACAACUAGCUCACAUGGUAAAGGAGCAAGAUGAGGCCAUCGGGAGAAUUGAUGCCAACAUACAAGAAGCCGAGAUGAAUGUAGAAGCAGGUCACAGAGAAAUUAUGAAAUAUUUUCAAAAUAUUACUGGCAACAGAGCAUUAAUGUUUAAAAUUUUUGGGGUUCUCAUAUUUUUCUUUAUUUUCUUUGUUGUUGUUAUGGCUUAAAUUUUAUCAUCUUAUGUUGUCUACACCAAUACCAAUUUUUGAUGUUGGCAGAAGAAGCCCUAUUCUUUAAUUUUUGUAACAAUUUUCUUUGUAACUAAUGUGAUGGAUACUUCAGUUAAGCAUACAAUAGAUUAGGUCAUUUCUCUGCCAAGCUGACCACAACAAUUUAAAGUGGCACUUAAUUUUUUAUGUGACUGUGAUGCAUCCGGUCCUGGUUACAAUAUGUAUAUCAGAACUCCCAGGGCAUGUAUGGCCAAUACUGUAUGUAUUAUAGUUACUAUUUUUGUUUAGGUAAAAGCGAAAUGUAAACUGCAUCAUUAUAUAUUAUAAAUCAAUAAUUUUAUUUCCUAUUAUAAUCAUGAAAUUAUGUAAAUACAAGUGAAAACUAAA